AUGUCCUCCAUUCGUGAAUUCCGAGACAAAACAGAGGUGUCUGAUGCAACUGGAAUAGAAAGAAAGCCAGGAGCAGUUGAUUCUAAUUUGCUUGAAAGUGUAUUGGAUGCAGAAGAAUGCACGCGUCAAAUAAGAACUAUAAGAAGAAACGCUAUGUUAAUGCUUCAAUUUGCUGACGCUGGUAUAAGAACACCAAGAGGUGUGUUAACAGGAAAUUCAGUUGAUAUGGGAAACUACCACCAAUGUUUGGGUAUUGACCAUCAACUAGAAGAUAUGCAUAUUGAGGGCAAAUACUGCUCGAUUCUGGUUCCUGUAAACCAGACGCUACACUUACCUCGCCCUCAAGAUACUAUGAGCACACACUUUAAUUUUGAUUUCAACUCUUUACAAGUCGACAAUGAAACUUUGAGUUUAAUAGAAGAAUACUAUAAAAGUCGUAGUAAAUUACAAAUGUUAAGUGGAAACUUUGAUGGACUUAACGAUAACACAAGAACGACUCCUCCAAAUCCGCUCAUUUGGAUGGUAUUCAGACUAGCGGUGUGUAUACCAAAACCAUGUACUACUGAACAAGCAAUUUCAUCCCUCUUUUUUAACGUGUCAGCUGUUGGAUUUAAAUACACUGAAGAUUAUUGUCGCCUUUCCAAUGACAAACCUUGGUCUCCCGCUGAUUAUGCCGCUAUAAUAAUCUUUUCUAUUCUGGGUUUUGUGACUAUAAUAAGCACAAGCUAUGAUAUUUGUUAUCGAUUCGUGUUCAAGAAAGAUGUCAAGCAAAUAAGUACAAUCGGACGAUCAUUUUCGUUUUACACAAAUGGACAACGACUGACGACAUUUAGUUCCAGUGGAGGGAACUUGCAAUGUAUAGACGGGAUCAGGACUCUCGCCAUGUUGUGGGUAAUUGUAGGGCACACGUUCAGUACGGAAGUCUUCACAGCAAACCCUGCUGAUUCGCAAAGUUGGAUGUUUUCUGCUGAAGCUUUGUGGAUUACAGCAGCCACUAUGACAGUUGACACAUUCUUUACAAUUGGAGGUGUGCUAUUGGUCUACACAACCGCAGCUAAAAUGAAACAAAUGACAUUCCUCAAAAAUCUCCACUGGUUCUACUUGAACCGUUAUGUACGUGUGACACCAUUGCUGGCUGCUCUAGUACUUCUUCAAGCAUCAUACCUUAACCAAUUUACUGAUGGACCUCACUGGAAUACAGUAAUAGACCAAACACAAAGAUGUAGGAACAAUUGGUGGUCUACCAUACUUCACAUUCAAAAUUUUGUACAUUUAAGGAACAUGUGUAUUCCCCAUUCCUGGUACAUGGCCAUAGACUUCCAGUUGUACCUCGUAUCACCAUUAGUUCUAUUCUGGGUCUUCAGUGGAAAGAAACUACAUUCUUGGAUCGCACUGAUUGGCAGUCUAAUAGCUAUAUUAAUAGGAUCCACAAUUUACAGCUUCAGUAUAAAUAGGCAAGCUGGAAAUUUAGUGCCUAGUCGUUUUCCAGAAAUGAUGGACUACAUGUUUGAGUAUUACUUUAAUACUUUGACACGAGCCUCUCCAUUCUUUGUCGGAAUGAUUUGUGGGUACAUUCUGCACCUCUAUCGCAAAAGUAGAAUACAGAUUCAUUGGUUUGUAGCCAUCUUCUUUUGGGCAUGCUUUGCCGGAAUAUUGGGAGGUAUCUUCUACUUCAAAUAUAGAAUCAAGCAGUUUGAUUGGGAUAAUCAAUUAAUUGACAACUUGAUGAACUCAUUCAUGAGACCUACUUACGCAAUUGCAAUCUGUUGGUUGAUCAUUGCUUGCGUUCAUGGAUAUUCCGGUCCUAUAAAUUGGUUCUUAUCACUUGAUGAAUGGAGACUACCGGCACGCUUGUCCUAUGCGAUGUACUUAUUCCACUAUCCUUUGAUGUUUUCUAUCAAUGGUUCUGCAGUGGCCCCGUUCUACUUUUCAGUUGGCAAUUUGGUAUUUAAGUUCAUGGCAUAUGUGGCGCUCUCUGUGGCAGUUUCUUUCUUCUUCAUUCUACUUAUCGACUCUCCUAUAACAGUUCUCUUCAAAAUGCUGACUGAUUCUGUGACAAAAGGAAAACCUACUAAGAAACUUAACGAAGAGAAACAACUUGAUAAAAAUAAUAUUAGUGAUAGUCCACAUGUCACAAAACCUUCCAUUGAAGAUAAAAUUGAUAAUAAUGUAAACGAAGCCAGGGGCAGUAGCUCAAACACAAACCAAAUUCCAGAAAAAUCUAUCACUAUUGUUGAAAUUAAUAAAGAGGGAGGCGAUACCAAUGAAAAUAUAGCAGUAAUAAAUGAGAAUGGAGCCAAUACUAGCCCAAACAAUGUAGCUAGAUAA